UCCGGCCUUUGUGGUUUAUUAUUCUUUGGACUGCGGUUGUCAAGGAUUCAGAGCCGGUAUGAUCUGCGCUAGGUGGCAUCUCCUUUCACGGAUGCCUCGAUCUCGGGGUUUCCAGAAGAAAAGAUCAAGGGAGAAUUAUCAAGAAUAGAUUCUUUUUCUGAAUAGUUAAACCUUUGAUGGCCAUAACCUUGACCCUUCAGACUGCAGAGAUGCAGGAACGACUUCUGGCAGUGAAGGUAAAGGAGGAAGAGGAGGAACAUUCCUGUGGGCCAGAAUCAGGCCUGUCAAGAAAUAACCCUCAUACCAGAGAGAUCUUUCGUAGACGCUUCAGACAGUUCUGCUAUCAGGAGACCCCUGGGCCCCGGGAGGCUCUUCGAAGACUCCAGGAGCUCUGCCAUCAGUGGCUGAGACCAGAGAUGCACACCAAGGAGCAGAUCCUAGAGCUGCUGGUGCUGGAGCAGUUCCUGAGUAUCCUGCCCGAGGAGCUCCAGGCCUGGGUCAGAGAGCACCGUCCUGUGAGUGGAGAGGAGGCAGUGACUGUGCUGGAGGAUUUGGAGAGAGAGCUGGAUGAACCAGGAGAGCAGGUCCUGAGCCAUGCUCAUGAACAGGAAGAAUUUGUAAAGGAGAAGGCAACUCCAGGAGCAGCUCAGGAGUCAUCAAAUGACCAAUUCCAAACCUUGGAAGAGCAACUUCGGUAUAAUUUGCGAGAGGUGUGCCCAGUUCAGGAGAUUGAUGGCAAGGCUGGGACUUGGAAUGUGGAGUUAGCCCCAAAGAGGGAGAUUUCUCAGGAAGUGAAAUCUCUUGUACAAGUUCCUGGAAAACUGAAUGGUAAUAUUACUCAGAUGCCUGAGUAUGGAGCUAUCUGUGACCACGAGGGCAGAUUGGAAAAGCAAAGGGUGAGCUCUUCAGUGGAGAGACCCUAUAUCUGUAAUGAAUGUGGAAAAAGCUUCACCCAGAAUUCCAUCCUUAUUGAGCACCAGAGAACACACACAGGUGAGAAGCCUUAUGAAUGUGACGAGUGUGGGCGGGCCUUCAGCCAGCGGUCAGGCCUAUUCCAGCACCAGAGACUCCACACUGGGGAGAAGCGCUACCAGUGCAGUGUUUGUGGCAAAGCCUUCAGCCAGAAUGCCGGGCUUUUCCAUCACCUCAGAAUUCACACUGGGGAGAAACCUUACCAGUGCAAUCAGUGCAAUAAGAGUUUUAGUCGACGUUCAGUCCUCAUUAAGCAUCAGAGAAUUCACACUGGAGAGAGACCUUAUGAAUGUGAAGAAUGUGGCAAGAACUUCAUUUACCAUUGCAACCUAAUCCAGCAUCGGAAAGUCCACCCUGUGGCUGAAUCAAGCUAGCUCCUUGAAACAGGUAGGGAAAAGUAUUUCUCACUUUGUCCCUGCUAUGUCCUCUAGCAUAGAGAGUUCAAGGGAAAGCCAGUAAAAAUUCCCUUAUUUUAUACAGAGAAGCAUAAUAUCUUAAAUACAUCUGCCAAGUUCUCUGAUCAGUGACAUCUACAGUUUUACGAUACUGAAUGUUGCCUCUUGUGUUAAUUUCAUCAUGUAUGCUGUAGACCUAGUUUCACACACAUCUGUGCAAGAAGUUUUCUAAGUAUAUUUCAGGAAAACUUCUUCAUCCUAGUUUUUAAAAACUUUAAAAAAAAAGUUUAAAAUAAUUCUAUGUAGGCUGAGUACAAAAUAAUCUCAAAGGGAGUUCACUGAGUAUUUAAAAAUUAAUUUAAAAAUAAUUGUAAUAAAAUUCAUAAUAUAGGUUUCCUGACUUCAUUCACAUAAAAUAUGAUAAUUUGCUUUUUAACCUACAAAAAGGAGCAGAUGAGUCCUCCUAUAUAAAUGUAGAUUUAUAGUAAGUUGGAUUUCUGUAGAUUUUUUAGUAAGUUAACCUUUAGGAACCGAGGAAUUGAAGCAGCCAUGUGUUAUUCGCAGCUCAGUGGCUCUUCGUAACAAAUAUUGCUCAUGAUUUUAAAUUUAUGCAGAGGCUAAGAAACUUAGCUAAAAAUCUGAUAUCUCGCUUCAGAUUUUUUAUUGGAAAAUAUAGGCCUAUGUAUUUUUCCAGUAACAUAUAAUGAGCAUUUUUUGUUUUUGCCUUUUUCUCCUUUAUUCAAUAUUUUGUAUGGAAAAUUUGAAACAUAUUCAAGAUUGAAAAGAAGUAUGAUCACUCUUUCAUGUUGAUUGUUUUUAUAACCUCCACAUUUCUCAGCAUUUACUAUUGAUUACCACCAAGGUCAUACAUAAAAAAAUUUCUUUCCCUUAACAUUGACUUAGUAACUCUUUACAAAGCUUUAUACAAGGUCCAGGAGACAAAGAAAUGGAAAACCUAUGGUGAAAACAAUCUGGUUUGGAAUACACCCAAAUACCCAAUACAUAGCAAGUAACUUAAGAAUAACAGAAUCACUCUAAGGGACCUUCAAGAUCAUUUCUGUUUGCUCUUAUUUGACAGAUAAGAGAAAAGGAAGUUCUGGGAAGUAACUAAGAUCAUAGAGCCACUUAAAAGCAGAGCUGUAACUAGAACCCUGUCUCCUAGUUCCUAGUGUAACACUGUUUCUAUUAAGCCACUGGGUGUUUAUAUAUUUUUUAUAUCACCAAAUAAAAAUUACAAGUAUAUGGAAUUUAUAGGAUUUAUAAGUCAUUGAAGUUGCUCAACAAACCCGCCCAUUUAUAUGUUUCAAUAAAUGCACAACUCCUCUAUUUAAUUUACACUGGAAUCCAGGAAAGACUCUUCUCACUUAUUCCUCAUUGGAAGCAUUUUAUUUAUGUUUGUAAUUAUUAUUUUUAACUUUUAAAAUUUAAUUUACUUAGUAGGACUUUUUAAAAAGAUUCAUUCUUCAACUCGUUCAAAAAUCAAAAUAAUACAAAAGGUCUACUUUCCUAAGUAGCCAUAGUACUAGUUUCUUAUGUAUCUUUCAGUGUUUCUUUAUGUAAAUAUAGGCAAAUACUAAUGUAUAAUCUUAUUUCUUCCAUUAUUCAGGAAGACGGCAUAUUAUUUAUACUCUUCUAAUACCUUGCUGUUUUCAUGAAAGAAUAUAAUCUUUAGAGAUGUCCACAUCAUAACAUAGAACUUCUUCAUUCUUUUUAUAAGUGAAUAGAAUUUUAUUUGUUCAUACUCCAUAGUUUAUUUAACAAACUCCUAUAGAUGAAAAAACUCACUAUUUUAAAAUGUUA